CAGAGGAGGAAAGAGGGAGUUCGGGGAGUCCAAGAACGUACACCGGUUUAAAAAGGGGGAUCAGAGGGGAAGGAGGGAGGGUGGAGGCUGUCACCACUCCACGGGGGCUCAAAAUCUGUGCUGUCAUGGACAAAAAUCGGCCAAAGAGACCCACAACCUUAGCUCUAAUGCCACAGCGACCACAAGCCGGGACCCAGGACACGAUCAACAACAAUUCUUUAGGGAAAAAGGACAGCUGGAAGGAAUCACAAUCUUCUUCUCCACACAUUACAGGGGAUCAAACACAACCUGAUAUCCAACAAAAAGCAGAGGACAAAGUCCGACCCCUCACCCGCCGCCAAGCCCCUAAACCUCCAACUGCCAAUGGGGCCAACAGCAGAGCUAGCACUCAAGCCUCUGUUGGCGACACCAGGGCUCGACCACGGGAACGACAGCUGCUCGGGGCCACGCACACUCAGUCCUUAAGCACGCCUAGGAGCCAACGGAGAGGGGUAGCGGUGCGAGGGGGAAGAGGAAGAGGGCGAGGCAGAGGAGCGGAUGCGAUGAGAGAGAGGCGAUUGGGGGACAACAGAGUGAAGGAUGGAGUGACAUCAGCGAAGGAAGAUCGAAGAGGUGGAAGAUUGUGUGACGAGUCCAAGGGGAAGGAGAAAGAAAAAAACGUAAAUCAAAGAGGAAAAGAAGCAAAUGGAUUUAAAAGCUUGGGCUCAGAUGGGAGGGGAACACUGUGUACCAAAAAGGACAACCAGGGUGGAAGGGGGAAGCCCAGUUACUCACUUCCUAACCAGGUUUACCUGACAGCCAUGGUGGUCCCACGCACACCUGUAGCACCCAGAAAAGAGGACAAGACCCAAGUCCAAGGCCAAAACCAUGACAGGAAAAGUCAAAAUUCCUCUGUUCGUUCCCAGUCUUGCCGUGAGGCAGCAUCCAACAGAAUGUCCCUCGGCUCAGACACUGAGGGACUGCCACCAGAACCUCGGCAUCUUUCUGUGUCCCAUUUGGCAAACCCUGACAUCCAUGAAGAAGAAGGAGAUUGGACGUCUUCCAUCCUGGAAGCCCAUCCAAGUCAAGAAUCCUGCCGUAAAAAUAAUGCAAAAUCAGAGAAGACCAAGUCCAAAGUGAAAACAGUGCAUGGAAAAGGUGAUCAUUUGACUGAAGAUGAGAGCACCAAAUCUGUCUCUCAGAGAGCUCUAGUUGGCACACAAACUGUCCCAAAGAGUAAAGCAUCUGCAGGGAUAAAUCAUGACUUCGUUAAAAAGACUCUGGAGGUUGAUGAAUACGCACAACUGGAACCAGUCAGCUUUAAGGACUGCUUGCACAGUAAGAGUGGACACAAUGACGAGAGUGAUGCAGAGACUGUCUAUCAGUCAGCCAAUGAAGAGGAAGACCCUGAGUAUGAGGAGGAGAGGAAAAGGAAAGAUGAAGAAGCAAGGAAGCAAGGGGGAAGGAAAGAAGAAGAAAUGAGAAGAAGGGAGGAGGAAAAAAGAAAGAUGAGAGAAGAAGACUUGAGGCGGCGGCGGGAGGAGGAGGUGAAGAGGAGGAGGGAGGUCGUGGUGAGGGUUAGCAAGCAGCCUAAAAUGAUGUCAACCAAAACAUUGGACCAAGAGGAAUCUCAUGGAGGGAGAGGAAGCGUUCCCAGAAGCAAGAAGUUCCUCAACCUGUUCUCUUCUGACCAUGACUACAGUUCCACUGGCGCUGGCUCCUUUGGUGUGUUUUCAUGUGUCAUGGAUGGAGUGGAGCAACAACAAAGCCACAGAGCUGUAUACAGGUUUGUUCCCCGUCAUUCUGAUGAGCUGUACCUGGAGACAGAUGACCCUGUUUUAAUUCUCAACCAGUCCGAAGAUCUGUGGUGUCAGGGUUACAACAUGCGGACUGGAGCUACUGGAAUCUUCCCUGCUUUCUAUGCUGUCAGACUAACCAAAAAUACAAACAAAGGACAAAAGGAUGGUUUGAUGGAACAGUUCUUGGUGCGAUUCUUAGGUUCCGUUCAAGUCCCCAUACACAAAGGCAGUGAUGUGCUGUGUGCUGCCAUGCGCAAGGUUGCAUAUAACAGGCGAUUAGCAGGGCAGCCUCCCUCGACCUGUGUGCUCGAAGUCAGUGUGAAGGGUGUGAAGAUCAGCGUCCAGGACCAGUGUCAGUCUGCACACAGGGGAGACCAGUGUUUCCAUUUCUUCCAAUUGAAGAACAUCUCGUUCUGUGGCUGCCAUCCAAAACAUAGCAAGUACUUCGGUUUCAUCACCAAACAUCCUGACCAACAGCGCUUUGCCUGUCAUGUGAUGAUGGCAGAUACAACUUUGCAUCCUCUGGCCAAGUCAGUAGGGGACUGCGAGACAGAGUGUGAACAGAAGAAGCCUUUAGGAAAACAGGGGAAGCGUCUUCAACCACAAAGAAGGAGUCCAGUUGCCUUUGAAGCAGUCUUCGCGAGGGGGCAGUGGGGGGUUAUGCCACAAAUUGGACCACCGCUACCACCUACGGUAUUUGAGACUGCUUGCAUGUUUGAUUUGCUUUCUUGUCUGCAUCCACAUACAGACGACCACUCUCACCUGUAGCUGCGUUCAGAGGGGAAAGUUCUGCCAAAUGCGAAGUAUCUGUAACUGUAACAUACAACUUAUCUGCCCAGAACCACGAACACACUCCAAACAACUAUAAGGUCAAAAAGACAACAAAAUCAUGUUUAGACGAUCAAUAGAGACAAUUUAGCGACGAGAAAUUAGAGCGAGAUUCAUCAACUUUAGGUCUAUGCGUUCCUUCAGUCAGCCAGACAGAUUUGACUCUUUAAUCAUGUAUAAAUAAGUAUGACUAACAGUCACAAUUAAAGCUCUAUGAGCCACCUUAUACUUGCCCAUUUGUAUACAUAUUAACACUUGUAUGUCCUUGUCAUGCAGUUGAACAAAACAUAUUCUAUUUUUCUCACAUAAUAUUUUUUUGCUUUUGACCAAAAAUGUGUUUGCUUUUCGGUAAUAGAUUCUCGUAAGAACAUAAUCCCAAUUGAUCUUUGCUCAGAAAGUGGUCAAAUUGCAUUUCUAUCCUCAGCAAAGUAAAGGCAGGUCAAAGGUAAAAGUUCCUCAAAUCCUUGUGCCUCUCCUGUCAUUAAAUUGACUUCUUCGUGAACUCAGCACAGCAAACAAGGGCUUGUUAUCAACAACCCCCAUCCACCAUUUAGCGCUUUAAAGUAGUGUAUCAUAAAUUAAUGGCCCUGCUUGUUUCUUUGCACACGCUUGUAUGGAAAAGUGUAACUUUUUAUCUUAUAAGCUCAAGACAAUCUACUGUUGUCCAUCUGUUUCCAGAAGACUUAAUUGUUCUUCCCCCCCAAACAACCACAAAAGUAAUAUUACUGACUAAUGUGAUGAAAGUCAGGUUGUCGUGGACUAGUGGUUGGUGACAUCCUUGAUAUUUUUUUCAGUGCAGUUCUGUAAUUUUAAAACAAAAAUAACAGGAGUAGGGAAUACUUUGCAAUGUAUAUUCCCCAACAAUGGAUGGCUUCUGCGGCGUGCAGGGGUGGCUUUAAAAGUGGGGGGCAUAGUAAAUUUGGGGGCGGUGUUUACGAUUGCGAGGGCAUUUUUAGUCAUUCGUACUACCCGGGGUGGGGAGUCAGGGCUAAUUUAACAUAUUCAUCCUGAGAGUCAAUCAACAACUGUGGAGGAUGCUGAUGGCACAUUUGCAGGCAUAAUCAUGCCUUUCCACGCCACCGCACAACUCAAAACACUAAAUUUAUGCUAAAGACGUUUGUUACAACACAAAAACACUGAGGUGGGCUGGGCGAAGGGGCACCGUUGUCAGGUGGUGCCUUCAGGCAAAGAAAGAAAGAGAGAGAGUCCCUCUCUCAUGGCCAGAUACAUUUUGCGCCACUUAGCCAAACGGGGAAUUCUGUCCUUAUUGUAGGCCCACUACAGCAGCAGGUUCUGCCUGGUGGGACUUUGGGGGUUUGCAAAUAAUGGCGGAGCUCUUUGUUUGAUAUGGAAUCAUUUCCCGCUCUUUUUCCAACUUAAUAGUGGGAAAGAAAAUCAUUCAAAAUCCUGUGUGAGCCUGUUUAUCCCCCUUUUACCAGUUCUUACUGAGCAAAGCAUAUUAAAAAAAUAAUAAUUUAAAACAACUAAUUUUUGAAUUCAGCAUGCUCAACUCAAAGCAGCUCCGCCUCCUUCUCAAGCCAAAAAUGCCAUGAGCAAAUAGUCGACGUCAUGCCUCAAACGUCAUUUGUGGAGUAGUUAAGUCAACAAAUCAAGUAAUCUGUACAAGCCCUACAAGACGUGUUAUUUUCUUUCAACUCCGUGGAGUAACAAGGCCGAGGUGUUCUGUGCAAUCUAAUGUAAACAUAAACUCUCCAGCCUGUUGUCUUAUUAUUACCUUCAACUCACAUGAUCUUAGUUUGUCGUUUCCUGCUGAAAUCUGAUCACAUCAGUGUGGCACUGAUUGAAGUAAAUAUGACAACAUUUACCUCAACUGAAUAUAUAAACCGAUCUUUUUGAGCAUUUCAGUGGAUGGAAAUCAUCGGGCCUUCACACUGACCAGAUCGGAACUGACCAAUAUGUAGUGCUGCCUUAUCUACAGUGAUGAAACCCACCACCACCACCACCACCCCCCAACCCAUCAGAACAUGAACUUUAUCAUCUCCUAUCACUGAGAAUACAAGCUGCUUUAAUAUCAGAUUCAAGCAGGAAAUGUACAUUGAUGUGUUUUAUGCAAAAAGAGUGCCUAUUUAUUUUUUAGGACUAUUUUAGUUCUAUGUUUGAAUUCACUGUUGUCUUCAUAUGAUUAUUUGUGCAGCUUUGUAUUAAUUCAAUUCUAUGGCUGACAUGCCCGUGUCAUGCGGAAAACAUAUAAAUGGCUCACGAAGUCAGCAAUCCUCAGGUCUUCAACUCAAGAUGGAAUUUUGGAGUCAAAUGGAACAAUUCAAAUACCUAACAAUAAAGUUACAGAACUGAUGAAUUCCAAACUUUUAAAAAUCAAUAAUAAUUGAGCUUUUUUAAAAAAUCUUUUCCAUGCUAUGUCCGGCUGCUGUGAAGGUUGUUUUCUCUAACAGAAAGUCUUACUUCAUCUCUUCAGUUAAACAUAUGAGGGAUCGAUUGUAAAUAAUUAACAUUACACAUAGAAGACUGUAUGUUUGUAUAGAAGUUAUUAUUCAAUACCGGAAAUUUUACUUUAACGGGGGAAAAAAUGCAUGAUAUUGAUGUUGAAUUAUGCACAGACUGGUGCUGAUGGUGGUUAUUCUUGUCAAUAAAAUACAU